AUGGAUAAACCAAAAAAAAAAAAAAAGAAUUUCUACAAAACGACCCUGAACUUUCCAUCGCAGUUAAGUUCUUCCCAGACAUAUACAUGUGAGAGAUCAAGUGAAAAGAGGAAGGAAAAUAUGGCAUUAGAGUACUCCACAGUUCCAGCAUGGAAGGAGGCAUUGAGGAAAAGGAGGAGGAGGGUUGUGGACAAGGUGGGUUUCGGGAGCACGCCUGGAGAUCCAUGGGAUGCUGUGAAUUUUUUUUCCAAAACGUUAAUAAAGUGUCUUGAACAUUCUAGUUCCAACCUCUCUACCUGCAACUAA